CUUCGAUAUAUCGAAGAUAGAGACUUCCUGCUCGUUCGAGCACCGUUCGACACGAGGGUUGUUGUACGGCGCUGUUUCACGAUCGUAGGAUCUCGAAGUCGGCAGGACGUCGCAUCAGCAGAGGAAGAGGAGGAGGAGCAGACGAUCACUGGUCGCAACCAUGGCGAUACCGUACGAGGCGAUCGGCAAGGGCUUCGUUCAGCAAUAUUACGCGCUCUUCGAUGACCCGGCACAAAGACCGAACCUCAUAAAUAUGUACAACACGGAGACGUCCUUCAUGACGUUCGAGGGUAUGCAGAUACAAGGAGCUAUCAAAAUUAUGGAGAAAUUAACUAGUUUAUCGUUUCAAAAAAUAAAUCGGAUAAUAACAGCGAUUGAUUCGCAACCUAUGUUUGAUGGCGGAGUUCUCAUUAAUGUAUUAGGAAGGCUGCAGACUGACGAGGAUCAGCCUCAUGCGUACAUCCAGACAUUUGUCCUGAAGCCGAUUGGUACCAGCUUUUUCGUGCAGCACGACAUCUUCAGACUCGCAUUACACGACACGGUUUAGGCAUCAGGCAGACGAGGAUCCACCGCACGCCUUCUCACAAUGUUUUGUGUUGAAGCCGAUGGGAAAUUCAUACUAUUGUCAGCACGAUAUGUUUCGCCUUGGCAUUCAUGAUUCGGCAUGAACGAGGAUGAUCGGGCUGGUUUCCGCGACAAGUGUGUGAUCGACAGGCGGAUUGCCGAGCGACGGAGAUCCUGGAGAUCGCGAGCUAAUAAGUGAGCCACCUAAUCUCAUCGAUAACCCUCUAUCAUCACGAUCACAUACCUAUCCCCAUUCUUUUUAGAUAAUAUCGCGAGUUUUAUAUGAAGAAUAUCUUUCCGCAUAUAUCUUGGCCACAAAAAAAACCCAGAAAAGAACAGAAAUCAGGAAACAUCCAGAUAACACACAGUUUAAAUAAUUGCAUCGCUUUUCUUUAUAAGAGAGUACGUUGUCUCAAAAAACAAAUUUAUAUUUCUUAGUUAUAUAUAAUAGCACAACACGCAUACAUACACAACACAUAUACAUACAUACAUACGCAUAGAUAUCUCAUUGAUCGAGAGAGUUUAAUUUUUGACGGCAGGUAAUAUAUUUGCAUUACUACGCUUCAAAAUGUAUUGUAACAUAUUUUACAUUUAAUGCUGUGUAUUUUUGUAAUACAAAAAUGUUGGCCAUUAAA